AGAUAAUUCAUGAGAAUGACUCGCUGAAUAUACUGAAAAGAAAAAAAAAUGUUCCAUAAAGUUUUAUUAUAAAGUAUAACUCUCUUGAUAUAUUUAAGAUGGCUGCAAAUUUAAUGAAAAGGUUACGCCACAUGGAAUUCCCUGACUGCACAAGAGAAGCCUUACAACAAUUGAUAGCAAUAUUUAAUCAAGAUUCAUUGCCAGGACAACCAAAUUCAUCUGAGGCCCUAGCUCUAGAAAUAUGUCAAGAAUUUAUUCUAUUUAAAACAAAAGGAAAGCCACAAAAGACAUUACCACCAAUAGAAGAAUUACAGCUACUACAGAUGUUGUGUACAUGUUUUAAUGAAGCACAACAGAAGAGUAAAUACCAGCUAUUUAUUGCCAUUUUUGGACCAAGGGCAGAUAAUUACAGCAGUGCACUGUUAACGAAAUUAGUUUCUAUGGCUUUAUCAAUCAGUUGUAGUUCAGUGUUAGACUGUGUAGCUAUCUGGGCACAGGAGAGAAGUUGUGGAAAGCGCCCAGUUCAGCAGUUAACUUUACGACUAGUAGAAGAUUAUUGCUUAUUAUUCAUAGAACCAUCAGUAGUGUUUCACAAAUUACCUUCAAUAUCACCAUUAUUUGUAUGUAAUUUCAUAACAUCAGUCACCAUGCUGUACCCUUUGCACGACACAAGAAGCAUACCUCCUAUAGGACUAUUACAACAUGUCACAGACUGGAUCAAUACAGAUUGUACACUAUGUUGUGAAUCAGUCCGCCAAGCUAGAAUACAUAAUAAUUACUCCUCACCAAUUCCUGGAUUAACAGCAUGGUGUGUACGUGGUACCAUAAUCACAAAAUACCUUCAAAAUAUGGCUUCACAACCUACUAGUGACAAUAAAAUACAGACCAUAGAGUUAGAAAAGGCUCUUAAAUUAACUGGUUUGUUGUCCAAGUUACAUCUAGGAUUAUUACAAAGUUUACAGUUCUGUCAGACUAACAUUAAUAACAUGUCUCAGUAUUUGAUAACUGUUAUGAAUAUGUUAGACAUUAUUCAUUCCUUAAUUACGGUGUGUCGAAACUGUGGUGUCAAACCAGAAGACGAAUGUUUACAUAAUUCAUUAGAACGAUUUUCACAAGUUAUACAGGUGUCUGCAGUUAGUGGUUGUCUUGGUGUUGAAACAGGAAAACUGAGAGAGUUUCAGAGUAUAGUUUUCAACAGUUUUCCACAUAACAGAUUAUUACAAAUGGUGCUAGCAUUUCUUUCUGGGGGUCAACAACCAAACAGAAUAACUCAACAACCACCAUUUCGACCAUAACUGAUAUUUUGUACAAUAAAUUCUCAAUUUC